GUGAUCCAAAAGUCGCCCGGAUUGGAUUUGGUGUACUACAAGCAUUUCGUCAGGACGCCCACAUCGACGCGGUUCAUGAAAUGGUGCUUGGAGGAACUGAACUGGUACCGCGUGCAGUACAAGACUAGGGGGAUGCAGAUAACAACACCGCGAUUUACGACCGUCUUUGGGAUCGACGAGACUCAUUCGCCUGCGUCAACGUACAAUAUGCCACCCCGGCCGAUUCCAGAACCGCUGCAGAUCCUCAAAGCGCAUGUGGAGAAAGUCACUGGGGCCAAGUUCAACUUCACCCUCUUGAACUAUUAUCAGGAUGGAAAGGAUUCCAUAACCUACCACUCCGAUGACGAAUCCUUCCUCGGCAAGAAUCCCACUAUCGCAUCGCUGACCCUGGGAGGCUGUAGAGAUUUUCUGAUGAAGAACAAAGUGGAUGCCUCCAAAAAGGAGAAGUAUUUCCUCGAAGAUGGUGAUCUGCUCGUGAUGCAAGGCACUACGCAAUCCCAGUGGCUGCACGCGAUACCUAAACGUGCUACAGCAUUACCGCGGAUCAAUAUCACGUUUCGGAAGGCGAUCAAUGUUGCGGGUACGAAGAACUACUACAAAUACAACGUUGGAGAUGGAGGGAUAUACGCUUUCCGGAACGGGAAGAUG